AUUAAUUAGAACAUUUUUGUUUCCCCUCUAGUCAGGGCAGUUUACAGAAGAUAUGAUCCCUACAGUAGGCUUCAACAUGAGAAAAAUAACAAAAGGAAAUGUUACUAUAAAGGUUUGGGACAUUGGAGGACAACCAAGGUUUCGAAGCAUGUGGGAACGCUAUUGCAGAGGAGUCAAUGCAGUUGUUUACAUGGUGGAUGCAGCAGACUUAGAAAAAGUGGAAGCUUCAAAAAAUGAACUGCACAACUUAAUAGACAAGCCACAAUUGCAUGGAAUCCCAGUGUUAGUGCUUGGAAAUAAAAGAGAUCUUCCAGGUGCACUGGAUGAAAAGCAGCUAAUUGAGAAAUUAAACCUUUCAGCUAUUCAAGACCGAGAGAUCUGCUGCUAUUCUAUUUCCUGUAAAGAGAAGGAUAACAUAGACAUAACAUUACAAUGGCUUAUUCAGCACUCCAAAUCAAGACAGUGUUGAAGAAAGCUUUUCCUGAAAAUACUUUUCUUUCAAAAUCAUGCUGAUCCUCAGCUGCUAUACACUACUGAAAGGAUAAAAGCAAAGCUGCAUACUACCAGGACUCACCUUGACCAGAUUCAUUAACAAAAAAAAAAA